UGCGAAAGGCAGUUAUUUGGAGCGGCCGACACGUUCGAGGUUCCGCAGCUUGGCGUGAAUCAAGUAGCUCUGUGUGUGCGCAACGAAGUGCGAAGAGGUGGUUGUUUGGAAGCUGCCGACACGUUAGGGGCUCCGCGCCGCACUAAACAUUUGGAUACAUGCGGCGUGAGUGACGCCGAGAGGCCGGCGCGUCGACCGCCGAAGCCGACGGAGGCGCCGUUGCGGCGACCUCAUGGGAGCCCUACCUAAAUGUGAAAAUGUUUGAAUAAAAGUUCACAUUAUGUGCUUUAAAGAUUCAAAAAUUGCUUCAAAAAUCCCACUUUCCUCGAAAUAUAUGCACUAUUUUUCUUCAAAUCUUCAUUCUCAGAACUUCAAAUCGUCUUCUAUUUGUGGACAUUUCUCUUCUACAAUUAGGAGAUGUUCUACUUUUCUAGUUUUUCUGUGUAUACCCACACAUAUUUGCCUUUCAGACCAUCAUGUCUCAGAACGUGAAGCACAACGAUUCCAACAACAACUCCGUCAACCAGACAGAUAACUCUUCAGGCUACCAAGAAUGCCUGAAACGAAAAACAGGCACAGCAAAAGAGGUUCCAGCCAAAAAAGCAAAAGAGGAGAUUUUCGCCAAGCCCUCUCCAUCAAAACCAGCUCCCUCGGCAGAUACCAUGGGAAUUGAGACACCGAUGGAACCAGAUUAUAUGCGCCUUCCAAAAGGUUUCAAUUUGGGGAACUUGGCUCGUGAGAAAUUUGCAGGAAUCGUGAUGGCAGACUUAUACGAUCGCUACGAAAUUCAAAUCUACUGCAGACUUUUUGAGCACUUUUCCUACUUCCCUAUCUACAAAUUUGAAGACGACACUUGGGUUCCGGCCCACGAACACGCUUUCAAAGAAGUCAUCCGGUUCCGCACUCCACCCUCAGUUCUAAUGCAAUUGGCUCGGCGAGCUUAAGUGAAUCCCAGUUGCAUAUCAAUCUUUAUUAUAAUAUUUUGUGUUCAAAUCCCUGUGCUUUGAUUUUUUCUAAUUUUCCUUGACAUUCCCCUCCUCCCACUUCACACAUAUUAUCUUGAUUUCAAAAAUACAUCCACACUGUUCUAUAUUCCCACUUCUUGGCAAUUUCAAAAAGCUUUUGGCUUGCUUAAAAAUAUCACACAUCCAUGUCGGAUUAUUUAUUUUUGUAAAUGAGCAAAAAAAAAUCAACAAAAAUUUAAUUUGUUUUGAAAUCUCUAUCAUGAAGCACAAUCUAAUAGUAA